UUCCCGCUCUUCCUCCUCCACUCCCCUUCUUCUUCUUCUCUCCUCAUCUGCCAGAUCCGACGACUUCAGGGCAGCUGCAGGAUCACACUCGGAGGCGGAUCCCAACGGAAAGGAGGUCUUGCGGAAUGGCGUUCGAGGGGGCGAACGUCUUCCUGUCGAGGAGCCUCGUGGCCCCCGAAGUCUUCGAUGCCGUCCACGACGCCCUACGGUCCAACGGCGCCCGCGUCGCCCUCUGCUGUGACCCCUCGCGCAACUCUCCCGACGAUUACCACGUCGUCUCCUCAUCCCUUCACGAGAAAUUCGAGGUGCUCCGCAGGAAUGGAUGCACUCUGGUAGGUCCAGAAUGUGUUCUGUCCUGCGCUAAGGAGCGUAGGUCCUUACCAAAACAGGGCUAUACUUGUUGCUUUGCAAUGGAUGGGGCGAAGGUGCUUGCGUCUGGCUUUGAUCAAGAGGAGAAGGAUAAAAUCGACAUGAUGGUGACUGCAAUGUCCGGUGUUUUGCUUGCAAAAGUUUCACUAGAUAUCAGCUUUGUCAUUGUGAAGGAUGUUUUGGCUGCAAAAUAUAAGUGGGCGUCAAAUGUUCUGAAGAAGCCUAUUGUUACUUUGAGAUGGCUGUAUGAAUGUUGGAAUGAACAUCAUGUUGUUCCCCAAGAGCCACACAGGAUUCUUCCUUUUGUUGGUUUAACCAUCUGCGUGACAGGAAUCCUUGCAGAUGAGCGGAAGGAGAUGCGUGAGCGUAUUAUGGAAAAUGGUGGUCAAUAUUCUGCAGAUCUAACAAAGAAGUGCACACAUUUAGUUUCCAACGCUCCUGAAGGGGACAAGUAUAAGGUUGCUAGAAAAUGGGGUUCUGUUCAUAUUGUUAAUACUAAUUGGGUUCAGCAAUCUAUUGCUGUCAGAGUUUGCCUCGAUGAAAGCCUUUUCCCUGUCAGAGGAGCUUUUAGUGCAUCUAAUAAUAUGUUGCAAAUCAGUCAGAAGCGGCUAAGCAACCCGGAGAAAACAUGCUCAGUUUCCCAGUCUGCUGCUAACUUGGAGAAUAAUCUCUCACAGCCCAUGUCAGCCACACUGUCAGAUGCAAAUACUUUUGUCAGAGAAUCCUCUGAUUCACCAGCUUUGUUGACUAGAGAGGGAUUACAAUCUGACCCAUCUACUUUUGUUGCUGAUGAUUCACAAAAUGGAGAUGAUGACCUUUAUCUGGCAGAUUGCAGAAUUCUGCUUGCUGGAUUUCAAGCAUCUGAAAUGCGUGAACUAGUUAGCAUGAUCCGCAGAGGAGGUGGCUCCCGGUAUAUGUCAUUCAAUGAGAAGUUGACUCACAUAAUCGUGGGAAUCCCCUCAGAUGUCGAAAAGAAAGAGAUAAACCGGCUUGCCAUGUGGGGUGUAAUUAACAUAGUGAGACGCAACUGGCUGGAAGAUUGUCAUCGUGGAAAAAAAGAAGUCCCUGUGACCCUGAAGCACAUGGUCUCAGAUUCUCUUCUAACCAAAGAAUCCUCUUCAUUGGAUGGUGUAGUGGGAACACCUGGCGGAGUUCCUGCCCAGAACAUUGCACAAACUUUUUCCUUUUCCUCUGGACAGCAUUCUGGUGAUACAAGAGUUGAAAUGCAAACAGAAAACAGUGGUGAAUCAAGACUGAAACGUGGGCCUUUUGAGAUAAGUAAGAAGCUCAGCAAGUCAGUGGAGCCAGGUGUAAAUCCAGACCUGGAAAACAGGUCACUGGCUGCAAACAGGAACACGAAGCAUGUGAUCAAAUCCAAGCAUGAACCACACCCAAAUAGUAAAGAUCUGCGAGCAAAUGGUGUUUUUGGAGGGAGACUAUUUUGUUUUUCCAGGUCAUAUCCUGAAGACCAGAGAGCUGAAGUUAUUGAAUGGGUGACACAAAGUGGAGGACUGAUGGUAGAAGGUCCAGGCGAGAAUGUUGAUUUCAUCAUAGCAUGUCAUGGUCAGUCCAGGAAAGACUCUGAUGUUUAUCAAUCAACUCUUGUUUCAAGCCACUGGAUCAAGUUCUGUUUUGAGGAGGGAGUUAUGCGAGAGGCUGGUAGCCACAUUCUUUUUGCACCAUUGGAAUGCAGGAUUCCCUUACCUGGGUUUGAGUCCUUCUGGUUCUGUGUAUCUCAGUAUGAUAAGAAGGAGAGAAUGCUACUAAGAAAUUUAUGUUAUGUUCUUGGUGCCAAGUUCACGGAAAAACUGACUGCGAAGGUCACUCACCUCAUAUGCAAAUUUACAGAUGGACCUAAAUAUGAAGCAGCCUGCAACUGGGGAAUAAAGUUAGUUACAGCUGAGUGGAUCUCUGAAUGUGUUGAACAGGAUACAGUGGUAUCUACAGACCUAUUUCUGCCCAAAGCAGUUACUGCUCAGGACAUAGAGGCAGGAAUUUGCACCAUGAGUCAAUAUCCUACACAAGCAGGACAAUUGAUUUCAGGAGAGGUCUCAUCUCAGUGGAGGAAAAAUGACCCAGGUAUGGUCCGCCGGAAGAUUAAUGGCCACGGCUUUCCAGGAGGGGAAGAGCAGUCAAGAGAACUGAAUAAAAGAAUGAGGGGAACAGAGAGCAGCAUCAGUAAGGAUGUAGGAUUGACUGAAAUAUUUUUCUGUCAAGAAAAUGUGUCGAAGGUUCUGAAAACUAAGAAAAACCAGGAAUUAGGAGAAUCUGCACCAGAAAGUGAAGGUAUGGUUUCUGAUGUAGCAGCUGCUAUCGAGGACCUAUUGGCUCAAUCAAGAAAGAUGCAAGAUACACAGCCUGGAAUUGCAGCUGCCAAUCAAACUCUCUUUUCAGCAGAGCAGUCAAUUCUUAGCCAAAACAAGUCGGAUUCUCGGCCUGCUUAUGGAAUGUCUGGGCAAUGGUUUAACAGGGCAGAAAAUCCUGUUGCUCAGCAGAACCCAUCAGAUCGUGAAGGAAAUCAAGGGCAUUGUGAUGGCUUCACUGAGACCCAGAUGGAAUCUCAGCAGGUUGUUGAGUAUGAAGAAGAUCUAGCAGGAAGGCAGAUGAUAAUAGAAAGAGUGAGGACAAGAUCUAUGGCUUCAUCUUCUGCACGGGAAAGGCCUUCAGGUGUGUACAUAAUCGAAUUGGAGCUAACUAAUUUGAAUUUGUUUCCACCAUCUGGGUCUCCUACAUGAUCCUCGGAUUGGGAUGGUUAGCUUUCUGUAAAUUACAAUUUUGGCAUGCAGUUACUGAAACAGUUUGAGAAACAAGCGAAGCUUGUUACAUCUGUAAGACGCACUAGAUCUAUGUAUAGUUUCCAUUUGUAAUUACAUUUAACAGUGUAACAGUACAUUUGAGAUGGUCUGGAUGCUCUUUAGUGCAGC